GAAGAAGAAGAAGGAGAAGAAGAAGAAGGAGAAGGUACCCCGCUGGUUACUCUAAAGAACUUUUUACCAGAUGAUCCAGUGACAGCAGAAGUGUGUCUGAAUGCGUGUUCACGUCUGACGAGAAGAUGAGAUGUUGCGGGGGAGAAGAGGUUUAGUCGAGAAAUACGGAGAAAGACUAGAGGCUUCGGGCUCUGUUUAUGUCUGCGAGAGAGGAAAGCAGAGUCCUUAUGAUACCCUCAGCUGAUUUAAUCACUCUGUCCAGAGCCUUCCUGUCAGCCACAGUGCAGCCUAUGAACCACACCAGGAUGUCAUGGGUACUGAUGCUCUCUGCAGAACAUUUAUAGAAGGACAGCAGCAGUUUCUGGGACAGGUUAACUCUCCUCAGUGACCUUAACGAGCCAGGAUCCAGACUUGUGCCCAACCAGCUGCUGAUCCUGUUGGAUCCUGUCUGAGGAGCAGCAGUGAUGGCGGGUUGUGGUCGUCGUCGCAGGAUGAUGAAUUUCAAUGUUGAUGCAGUUAGCAUCAACAGAGGAGACAGUUUACCUCCAUCCAUGCAACAACCUACACCUCUGUUCCCUGUGAUGGAACACAAGCCUCUCCCCCUGGCAGGUGGGGAGGAGGUGGAGUAUCUGUUGGCUCUUAAACAGGAGUUCAGAGGAGCCAUGAGGAGUCUGCCCUUCUUCAUCCAACCAGCUGCUCCGCACAGAGAUGUGGAGAGGUACUCGGACAAAUACCACAGCAGUGAGCAGCCCGACAGCCUGAUGCGCUGGACUCCAGAAUGGAAGAGAUUACCCCAAGAGCUCAGAGUCCACAUCAGGAAACCUCCCCAAGAUGGCAUCUCGGUGGCACUCGGUCACUCUAACAGAGUUCAGUCUGGUCAGAAGAAGAAAAAGGUCAAAGAGAAAGAGGAGGUGCUGCUCAAACUGGAGAGCCUAGAGAAGAAGGAGGAGCAGGAGAGCUCGGAGGAGGAGGAGCAGGGGGAGGAGAAGAAGAAACAGGAGGAAGAGGAGGCUGAGGGAGAGGAGGAGUACAACGAGGAAGAGUUUGAGGAGGAGACAGACUACGUCAUGUCGUACUUUGAUAAUGGAGAGGACUUUGGAGGCGACAGUGAUGACAACAUGGACGAGGCUAUUUACUGAAACAGCAGCACACACACUGACGACAAGUCACAUUUUAUGAUUCAAUGUUUGGACACUUUUUACAGCGGGUUUUAUCGCAUGCACAGGAACCAUCCUGCAGCUCUUUUAGAUUUUAUCAUGAGACAGACUCAACCAGAGACUCUGGGACUGGACUCAGGAUUUAUCCAGUGGCACUGGUGAAUCUGUGGACAUGUCCACAUGUUCGUUUUAUGUUGGGGAGAGCAGCCCCUGAGCUGUGUGUGUUUGGUUAAAUAAACACAGAGUUACAGUGGCGAUGGUGGAGUCCAGAUGGUGUGUGUGCCCAGUUCACACACCUUUAUCUGCACUGCGUUCAGGAGAAGUAACAUGUUCAGCGCAGACAUUAAGCUGAUAGACGAGUUUGGAAAAUGUAACAGUAAAUAUACUGAAAAUGGAACAAAACAAAACAAUCAUUUUAUAUGCAGGGUUUUCUGAAGUAAAUUUGAUGUUUGCAGAUA